GCGGUUGCCCCCUUCUUCUCGCCCCGCCGCUCGCGUCGCAGCCCAGUAGCCGCGCUCUCGCGUCUGUGCCCAGCUGCAGUAGCCCCGCGCCUCCGGCCCGCUCCGGCUCUGUUUCUCUGUGUCUGUGCUCUCUCGUCCGAGCGCUGCGCUGCGCUUCCCCAGUCGGUCGCCCCCGCAGCCUAUGGCCCUGGAAGGCGCCGCUGCCGCCGCCUGUAUUUCUGCUGUAGGUUCCCACAUCCCUCUUUAAAAAUUCCGCCUAAAAAGAGAAGACGAUUUACCAAAUCUUUCAGGCCGUUAUCUCACGGCAAAAUCUCUGAUCAAGUUUACAACUAUCCAGAGGGUUUAGGAGAAGUGCUUUAUAGAGAACAGUUCGACUUCAACGCUGAGCCACCUUGGGAACCUAGCUGAUGAUAGUAGGGUUCCAUCUCCUAACUUGUCCAUUUUGUUGCAUAAUUUAAGGACCCGGAUAUAAGGCUUGGAAGCCCAUCCCUUGUGUUUCUUGGUUUAUGACUGUCGGCUUUGUGGAAUACGGCUGAGAUGAAAGGAUUUCUUGAGGAUGCAAAUUACUCCAUUGGUCUGUUGGAUGAAGGAGCAACUCUUGCAGAUGUUAUUGACAACUGUAUUUAUGAACACACUCAUACUGGAAAAAGAGCAUUUUAUGUUGGUGAUCUUGGAAAGCUUGUAAAGAAUAACAUACAAUGGCAGAACGUGAUGGCACCAAUAAAACCAUUUUAUCCUGUCAGAUGCAAUUCUACUCCAGGCGUACUCGAAAUUUUGGGAACUCUUGGCAUUGGAUUUGCAUGUUCCAGUAAAUCCGAAAUGGCAUUGGUACAAGACCUGGGCAUUUCUCCUGAAAAUAUAAUAUACACAAAUCCUUGCAAGCAAGCUUCUCAGAUAAAGUAUGCAGCGAAAACUGGGAUAAAUAUCAUGACUUGUGACAAUGAUACUGAGCUGAAGAAAAUUGCACGUAACCAUCCAAAUGCUAAGCUCUUACUGCACAUUGCCACAGAAGACAUUACUGCUGAUGAGGAGAUGAAUAUGAAGUUUGGCACCACCCUGAAGAACUGUAGACACCUCAUGGAAUGUGCUAAGGAGCUGGGAGUCCAAGUAGUUGGUGUCAAAUUUCAUGUUUCAGGCUCUUGCAAGGAACUGCAGACGUACAUUCAUGCUAUCUCUGAUGCUCGGUGUGUGUUUGACAUGGCUGAAGAAUUUGGCUUCAAGAUGAACAUGUUGGAUAUUGGUGGGGGCUUCACAGGUUCAGAACUUCAGCUGGAAGAGGUUAAUCACGUCAUCAGGCCAUUGCUGGAUGUCUACUUUCCUAAGGAAUCUGGUGUUAAUGUGAUUGCAGAGCCCGGGUGUUACUACGUUUCAUCUGCAUUUACACUGGCGGUUAACAUCAUUGCAAAGAAGACUGUUGAGUGUGAUAAACUUCUUCCUUCUGGAGUGGAGCAGACCAGGAAUGAUGAUGAACCAGUAUUUACGUAUUACAUAAAUGAUGGUGUUUAUGGUUCUUUUGCAAGUAAAUUGUCUGAGAAACUGAAUACUAUCCCAGAGGUUCACAAGAAAUACAAGGAAGAUGAGCCUCUGUUUGCAAGCAGCCUUUGGGGUCCAUCCUGUGAUGAGCUUGAUCAAAUUGUGGAAAACUGUCUUCUUCCCGAGUUGAGCGUUGGAGAUUGGCUGAUCUUUGAUAACAUGGGUUCUGGUACCUUAGGUGAACAGUCUGCCUUUAACGACUAUCAGAGGCCACUGAUUUACUACAUGAUGUCUUUCAGUGACUGGGAUGAGAUGCAAGAUGCUGGAAUUGCUUCAGACACAUUGACGAAGAACUUCUUCUUUGUGCCUUCGUGCAUUCAGCUGAGCCCGGAAGACCGCUUUUCCACUGCAGCUUAAACAGGCAUUAACGCUUCAUUUAGACCUGCAGUUGCAAGUCUGUAGUUUGUCUGGUCAACAUUCCAGUGUGGAAGAAAUGGAACAAUCUUGAAUUCAAUUCAUUCUCUUCAAAACUUGAAAAAAAUUAAUAAUAGCUAAUGGGGACCAGGCAAAACAAGCUACAGCUACAAUUUAUGGGGGGGGGGAGGGUUAGAUAAUGGUGUCCAAAUUUAAAAUCAAGUUCAUUCAACCCCUGAGCGUUUAAAUAUGCAACAAAAUGGAUGACUUAGUGGAGAUGGAAACCCAUCACUUGGGUUCUUCAACAGUUUACAUACAAGUACACAGUUUUUAUACUAAGGAUUCCUGUUAGAAAAGUCUUGUAAAGUUAUUGUCUUUCGCCCAGAUAUAUCAAAUGUCAGUGGGAGACCAGUGUGACUUCAUUAGAUGUUUAGUGUAUUUAGAAUGUGUAAAUUUGUGCUUUGAACUGUAGUUUAAUAAAUGUAAAAUUGCAUCAUAGUAUUUGUUGUAUUUGACCCUUGAUGUAUCCCCUGUAUGACUGCAAUAAAACUUUGUGUAGAUUUUA